AUCCGGAGGCGACUAUGUCUUUAUCAGCCAAAUCUAUGGGCCAUUGCUUGGCUUUCUCUACCUGUGGGUGCCCUUGUUGGUCACGCGGCCUGUGCACAAUGCCAGAUAGAGCCUAGAUUUUGCCAACUAUAUUUUAGCGGUGCUUGUCGAUAUUUGCGAUUCACCGGACAUGGCCAAAUGAUUGUUUACAGCUUUUGUCGUUUGUGGGUGUGCUUCGAGAUGUUCUUUCCACGUCUGUGUCUAUGAUAUUCUAACCGUUAAUUAAUUAACAAAAGUACUUUUGCUCCUCUCGCUAUGGUUCAUCCAGCAAUUAAGUAGCACAUGUAUGAGUGUAUUGUCCUUGUUGUUAGUGUCGAAUAUAAAGUAGAGGGGAAGGAUAGCUGAUGGGGUGCGACUUCUACCAAACUCGCUCAUCAAUCUUAAUGGUAAAAUGUUAUUCUUUAAAUUUAGGACGAUAUCUCGACAUCCUUAAAUGCUGCGUGAAUAAGCCGAUAAACUGGUUAAAAAUGCUGACGGGGUUUCCAAAGGUUUAAGCUUAAAAACCCAUCGUACGCUUUAACGACGUUUACGAAUGACGCCCAAAUAAGCUUCGCUGUAGAUUUCCUUUUUGAAUAUCUAACAUCGGUCGUUCUUCAAUCGUAUUUAAGAAUUCAACCACGCAGGAUGUUACGGAAGAUCUUUGCAAAUACCCUCAAAAUGUAGAAAUAAGCUCUAAAUGUUUUUAAGGUCUCAAUUGAGUAGUAUAAAUUUAACUUUCAAAGCUACCUUUCAAGUUUGCGGUGUGUCAGGCUCACUUAUACAGUCUAGGUGUGACGUUAUAAUGUUUAGCUUAAAUCUUCACUUAUCAACACCUGCGUAAAUAUAUCAUUAGCGAACGUACGUGCACUAUUUAAUGGCGGUAUUAUCUAAGACCUUAUGGCCUUUACUGUUAAGAUAAAGUGAUAAGAAAUUAGAAAUUAAUAAAUAUAUAGGUUUAUCAGCGAUAUUAGCUAGUUAACGUAAUUGCACAGGCUGUGCAUGCUAAAGUGGGCUCUAUGCCGCUAUACUGCGAAGAUUUUUUUUUCUGUAUAAUGCAAAGUUCAUCUCGUCCACAGCCUCAGUGUGUGCACUUCAUUUGGGGUUGGAGGCUGGAUUUGAAGCCAAUGAAUAAAGAAAAAGGAGACAUCCCCGCUUGGUAAAUGGUCACUACAAUAAUCAGUAUAUGUACAAUGUAAGAAAUAAAGGGAACUCGGAACUCGGAACUCGGAUUACAAUAGGAAUCUGCAUAUUAUUUUUUUUUUCACUAUCAGAUAAACUUUGCGUUAUACAGUAGCUAUAUUUAGAUCGGCCCGUGUAGCAAACAGUCGAAUCAUUUUCGUACGGGUAGGUUUGCGUAUUGCGUUGAUCGACCUCACGCUGCGCCUUAGGUCCUUAAUCAUAAGAGUUCGCUCUUGACUUGGGUGCUUAAAAAGUACUGAAUCGGCGAGGUGAACCAAUAACAACCUUGGAGUAAGCAACCGGUCUUGUUGGCUCAACGAGUGGAAUAAACGUAUUGACAGUUUUUCUUUCGUUCGUUUCCGUUGGCGGUUCUUAGGAGAUCGUCUGGCACUCAUAGUACGUAGCAAAGACAAAUAUCGAAAUCAAUAGGCCAUAACUGAGAGCGGUUGCUCUCAGCAGGUCGUGCAAGCUGGUAUUAUAUUAAGAUUGCGAUCGAUUCUAAACGGGUAACCGAUCGCAAGUGUUAGUAAACUACCCUCUGGCCGUGGGGCCACGGUAAUUGUUCAGUUUCGCUGAAUUAUAUAUUUCGCAGAUACGUUGAAGUCGUUCAGGCAAUAUCUUUUAAAUACAAUUAGAAAAAUAUAAGGUAUACAGGCCUUCGGCCUGUACAAUUCAUAUAUAAAAUGUAUAUUUAUAAGAAGUCAGUAAAUCCAGCGGUUGAGACAGCAUUUGAAGAUACACUUUCAUAGGUGCGUUUCACUGAAUUCAAAGUACUUAGAACCGUCGUUCUCUUGCAAGCAUUUAUUCGUCACCUCAGGCUUCGGCGAGUCUUCAGUUGGGGUAAACUGCGCAAAUAUCACCUAGUAAAAUUCGGCAGUGUUAUUUUAUGGGUGGAUUCGACAAAUAACUUACCCAUAAUUCUUUGGAUCGGUUCUCAAUGCACCACUACGUCACCUAUAAUACCUCCAAGGUUUACUGACAUUCAUCAAUUGCUACAAUGUAAAAUUGGCUAUGGCUGUGCAAGAUUCCCUUAUGUUCGCCAAGAUUCUGGCGCUCUGCCUUAUUAUCGCUAUCGGCGGCUACGAGAUGAUUUUUUUAGGCAACACUGUCAAUCUCACUGAUCGUCUAUGGGAGGGGACAGUAUAUAGCCCAGGAAGCGUUUGUCUUGCCUUCUACUCCGGUCUCUUCUCGUAUGCUGGUUGGAAUUAUCUGAACUUCGUUACAGAGGAAUUAAAGAACCCGUUUCGAAAUUUACCUUACGGCAUCUAUAUUUCGCUUCCCAUAGUGACAUUGGUCUACCUUCUUGCAAACGUCGCCUAUUUCAUCGUUUUGACCACGAAUGAGAUUCGAUCUGCAAGCGCCGUCGCUGUGACGUUUGGCGAACGGACUUUAGGGUCAUUUGCUUGGAUCAUCCCUGUUGCCGUUGCUCUUUCGACGUUCGGGGGUCUCAACGGCGGUAUCUUUGCCAGUUCUAGGCUAUUCUUUGUCGGAGCACGUCAAGGGCAUUUACCGGAGUUUAUCUCGAUGAUCAAUGUUAGCUGUUGUACCCCUGCGCCAUCGCUCAUCUUUCUGUGCUUACUUUCUUUGGUCUACCUGGGUAAUACAGACGUAUUUGUGUUGAUUAACUACACGGCGUUCAGUGAAGCGUUAUUUAUUAUGCUUUCGGUUGGUGGACUGCUUUGGCUCCGCUACAAAGAGCCGAAGCUCGAGCGGCCAAUCAAGGUGAACCUGAUCUUACCUGUUAUUUUCUUCUUGAUCUCGAUCUUCCUAGUGGUAUUGCCAUUCUUCUCUCAGCCCAGUGAGGCACUCAUCGGGUUGGCAAUGACCCUUUCAGGACUACCAGUAUUUUAUACCACCGUUUUUUGGCGAAAUAAGCCAAAAAGUUAUAGAAACGCUAUCUCAUCGGCCACGGCUCUCAUCCAAAAGGUCCUAAACACCGUCCCUGAAAAAAGUGACUAGUAUUAGACUUAGUACAGUCUAAAUGUAAUGUAACAAAAGUUUAAUACAUUUUCUGAUUGUACAAUACUA